GGUGAUGCUAUCUAUAUAUAUAAAUGUGAAAAUCUGUCCCUAUAUUCGCUUAAAACUCGAGAAAUAACUACGCUAGAGAAAAUUGUGCGAAACAAGGCCGCGGAAAAGGCCAAGCAUGUUCAUCAUCAACAACCACAACAAUCUAGCAAUAAUUGUUCUGCAGGUAAUAACGGCAACUCAAAUCAUAACGCUGUGGAUAGCGUUGACAGCAAUGGCAAUGAUGUUAGACACCAACAGCAAAAUAGUAGCAACAACUCAAGUAAUAACACAACUUCGGUUAUAGCACAUGCACCGGCAGCGGCUGCAGUGGCCGCUGCUGCAGCACAUUUACAGCAACAUAAUAUACUUAACACAGCGGCUCCAACGACAGGCGUACCAGGUAAUGGUAAUAGCAAUCACAACGGCGUUGAACAACGAUCAGCUGGAUACAGCAUAAAUGGCAUACUAGGCAUACAUCACUCCACAGAUCCAAAUGGAAACAGCAUCAAAAGAAAACGGAUCGAUGAUCACGACGAAAACCGCGAUGUUAAUACACCUACGGAGGACGACAUAAAAAGACAGAGAAUAGCAUACAGUGGUGAUCAAAUAUACCCAAAUAUUUGGUCUGGCAAGUGGGGUAUCAAAGACGAGCAUAAACUUCUCUCCGAAUUAGGUAGCUUGACAACGAACAGUAGCACCGCCUUCUAUGAUACUCACAAUAAUUUCCCUGCAACAGGAGCUCCUGGAAGUGAUGCAAUGAUUUACGAUAGUAUCACCUCAAUAUCACAAACCCAAAAUUCUCUAUAUACACCGUCCAUAGGUGCAUCCAUUGCUUGCGGGUCCGUCGUACCAACAACGGACUACGCCUAUAAUCCGGCGUAUUCACAGUAUGGAUCGGCGUAUGGAUCUUAUGGAUACACCGCCGGCACAGGACUAUUAAAUUCGUCGUACUACUAUGAAGGUAGCCAAGGUCAAACAUCGGCCGUGCUAAAUCAAGACAUGCGAUCACCUUUGGCGGCCACACGUGCAAAUUCAUUGGCAUCUGCUGCUUCACCUACUGGAAGUGCAUGCACCAAAUCGGAAACGUCGGACAUAUUUUUGGUGUAGUACCUUAAGAAUUGUAAUCUAAAUCACCACACCAAUAAUAGUAUACAUUAAGCGCAUAAUAGGCAUUACUACAGUUAUAUAUGAAUAAUAUAAUAUUUAAGGUUCAAACGAGUACUUCAAAAAUACAAAACAUUCUGGAAGUACGUAAACAUAUACGAAUGAGAUCUAUGGUAUUAAACCAUUAAAUUAAAUGUUGUAAGUUGUAUUUGUUUACGCCACAUAUCUAUCUAUUUGUGAUGAGUUAUGGCAUGAAAACUAUAAAUUUUAUGGCUUGCGGUACAAUUAUCGCAGUCAUUUUUUGGCGUAGGCAUUUCAGUGAACAACGCGCCCUUCUUAUUUUUUAAAUUUCUCUUUUGAUUUAAUAAUGCUGGUAUUACAAAGAUUUCGUGUAAAUUGACAAUUCAUGCCAUGCGAUAAACCUCAUACCAGAAGUAUGGCCAUUUAUUGCAUGAGAUUCGGGAUGAGCUGUCUCCAUUCGCAUUAUACGAGUAUUGUAUGAUAUGGGCGCGACCAGCGUCCGCAUGUCGAGACAGAAGGUUGCAUUCUCAUUCAAAUUAAACAAAUUUAAGAGACAAAUUGUAAAAACAAAAUACAUCUAAAUACAACUACUUCAUUUUUGGCAAAUUUGACAAAUAAAAAAAAACUUUGUGUGCGGCUUGCACAGUACCCUCUUAAACACAUAAUAAAACCUUAUCUUCGGCCCCUGUAACCGAAUGCGUUCGAGCGUGACUACCAAUCGGUAUGUUCGAGCUCAUAACCUCGGGUAUGAACCACCAAAUAAUGGAAAAGAUGGUUCUAAUAGCCCCCUCGGAAGAAAAUUGUGUGUGUAUAUCUGCCAUAAAAAAGCUCCUCAUAAAAAACCAUCUACCGUUCGGCAUAAAACUCCAGGUCCCUCCAUUUGUGGGAAAACGUCCAGACGCUCAACACAAAUGGGAGGACGAUCUCGGCCAAAUACCCAAUCAAAGGAUACAAGCCCCAAUUAUAAAU